CUUCUGUAUUAUAGGAGAAAAUAUCUGCUUAACUUGGCUAAAAUGUCACGAGAUACAAGGUAAAUCAUGGUGGCUGCUUGAAGAUAGAAACACUGGCCUGGGCCGUGCUGGAUUUGUAAAUUUGACCUUAAAACCUGUCUCCGGCCCCCUGGGAAGUUCCUGCUGCUUCCCUGGACAUCCUGCAGCAGGUCCCACGCUGCAGUCUCGCUGCUGAAGCACCCUGGAGCAGGUCCAGCUCUGGCAAACGCCUGGCAUGGAGUGGAGGGAAAAGGAUCAACUGAAAAAUCCUGGCUAGAGCUCAUGUACAUGCAUCGAACACUUAGGUUUGGUCUAGUACCCGCCUAAAUCUAUUGUGGGUAGCACGAGGACUUGGAGACAGUCAAGUCUUAUUUUCCACCUUCAAAACUAGAAGUGCUUUUCAUGAAGAGUCAAAACACUCAUCUUGUGUGAGCCACCGGUACCAAAGAUGUGAAGGAGUUAAAAGAGUUGUGUCCACGUGAUGGUAUUUGGAGCGAAGUCCAGUGUGGGCCCUGCGCGGAUCCUCAGGCUGGUCUUCACUGGGAUGGUCCUUGGGGCAAGCAGCCCACCUGGGACAAAGCUGCGGAACCAGAUCCCUGGUUCGGUGAGGGACUGCAAGUAAUCCAAGGGGAAAGAAACCGUAAUCCCUGGCAUGGUGACUCAGCACAUUUCCCACAGUUAAGCUUUGAACUGUAAACACCUCUUGGCACUUCCCCGGCACGAGGCGUUGCCAGCGCCGCCGCAGCUCCGUGCGGGAGCUCCCAGCCCGGUGGCGAGYGGCACCAUGAGCCCCGCGGGAGGCCCCGCUGGCCCGGGCGGUCAGCAAGGAGCCGGGGGGGCCAAGAGCGAGAACGAGGAGCGGCUGGAGGAGGCGGCGAAGCAGCGAGUGAUCYGUGUCGCCUACGUGGUUGCCACGCUGGAUCUCGUCUUCUUGUUCAUGCAGCUGGGAGUCCUGCCGUACUUGGCAAAGAGCCUAGGUUUGGACUCAGUUGGGUUUGGCUACCUCCAGACAACCUUUGGUGUCCUUCAGCUCGUGGGAGGCCCCAUUUUCGGAAGAUUUGCUGACCAGUUUGGUGCCCGAGCUGCCUUGAUACUCUCCUGCGCRUCCGAAAGUGCCUUCUUCCUGCUGGUGUCCAUCUCCACCAGCAUCCCUCUCCUCUUCCUCUCCCGGCUGCCCUCGAUCUUCAUGCAUGGGAUGCCAGGUGCUCAGAAGGUUAUUACAGAUCUGACUGCUCCUUCUGAACGUGCUGGUGCAUUGAGCAAGUUGGGCCUUAGCUUUGGGGUAGGAAUUAUCGUCGGUUCUAUGCUGGGAGGCGUCCUCUCCACCAAAUUUGGCAUUUUUGUCCCUGUAUACGUUGGGCUGGCAGGAAGCCUCGUAACCACCAUGAUAGUGAUACUCGGGAUCCCUUCACCAGCUAGACAGAAGCAUCCCAMGACAGAGAGCAGCCCAUCACAGUCUGGCAGCGUGUUCAGCCUCCGCGAAAUCCUGCGCCUGAUGACGUUCCCAGGAGUGAUGGAAAUUUUCCUAGUCAAGGUCCUUGCCGGAUUUCCCAUAGGUUUGUUCCUGGUCAUGUUUUCCAUCAUCUCUAUGGAUUUCUUUGGCUUGGAAGCGAUGCAGACUGGAUACCUGAUGGCCUAUUUUGGUGUUCUUCAAAUGGUGGUGCAAGGCCUGAUCCUGGGAAGACUCACAAGGCUCUGCACGGAGAAGACCCUGCUGCRGCUCAGCGUGCUCGUGUUCAGCGGCGUGGGCCUGGGCAUGGCCCUGAUGAGGAACGUGGUGCAUUACUGCCUCAUCUCUGUGCCGCUGGUGUUCGCCUUCAGCACGCUGGCCACCAUCACRGACGCCAUCCUCACCAAGGCCGUCCCCGCUUCCGACACCGGCACCGUGCUGGGGCUCUGCGCCUCAGUGCAGCCCCUGACCCGCACCGUGGGGCCGGCCAUCGGCGGCCUCAUGUACAAGCACUUUGGCGUCUCCUCCUUCGGCUGCUUGCAGCUCAGCGUCAACGUGGGCUUGCUCAUCUACCUCCUCAGGAGCAACAUCCCGCUGGGCGAGAGAAAAGACCUCUGACGUGGCUGCAGGAAAGCCGUAUUUUUUUCCCCCCACAGAAAUAAUUCUUCUGGUAAUUUCCUCUUGCUUCCRCACACCUGGAAUAAACCGUUUUCAACGGCA